UUUUUUGUCUGUAAUUAAGGCAUGAGCAUCACGGCAAGCCGAACAUCACAACAACGGCUAUACAACGUCAUCAACCAGCGACGCCAUCGUUGCGGGAACGGUUUACUGCUGUCAUGGCGUCGGUGGAUUUCAGAGACAACCUGCUGGGGAUAUCGUGGGUGGACAGCGGUGUGGUCCCUAUUCUGAAUCCUGGAAAUGUGCUGGACUAUUUCUCCGAGAGAAGUAACCCAUUUUACGACAGAACCUGUAAUAAUGAGGUGGUGAAGAUGCAGCGGCUCUCUCUGGAUCACCUCAAUCAGAUGGUGGGAGUGGAGUACAUCCUUCUCCACGCCCAAGAGCCCAUUCUUUACAUCAUACGGAAACAACAGAGGCAGUCACCCACACAAGUGAUUCCCUUGGCGGACUACUACAUCAUCAUAGGGGUGGUCUACCAGGCGCCAGACCUCGGUACCGUCAUCAGCUCCAGAGCGCUCUCUGCUGUCCACGGAAUCCAGUCUGCGUUUGACGAAGCCAUGUCCUACUGUCGCUACCACCCCUCCAAGGGCUACUGGUGGCACUUCAAGGACCAGGAUGAGAGAGAAAAGGCCAAGCCUAAGUCAAAAAAGAAAGAGGAACCGGGUUCGCUCUUCCAAAGGCAUUGUGUGGACACCCUCCUCUUGGACCUCAGGGCCAAAUUCCCACCAACCUUCUACCAGCCCAAGCCAGGCGAGAAACCUAUUCCAGUGGAGGUGAAGAAGGAGCCCGAGCCGCCCACGGAAACGGUCAAACAAGAGGAAAGGGAGCCGGGCACCAAAUCGGCACCCCCCGCGCCCCCCAGCAAGCCCCCUCCUGAGAAACGGGCCAGGGUGCAGUGACGGCCUCGGCGGUUCUUACCACACGUUUACCGGACCCUGAAGUGGCGUGCACCUGCAUGUCGUGCACAUCCAACGAUGAAAUACGAAAAGACUUUUCUUUGGAGAAUGGCCGUCAUUCCCGCUCUGCUCUCAGGAACAUUUCAUCUGGCACGUCGUGGUCCUCGCAUCAGAACACGGAGUCGAUUUCUUUUCUAUUUAAAAGGUCAAUAAAUGGUAGUAAACACAUGGCUUAUGAUCCUGCUGGCAUUAUUCUUCAUACUAAAGGGCUUUUCUACUUUGUCUUCAAAAUAAAAGUCAAUGAUGUCAUAGGCUGUUGCCAAAUAGGAAAAUAAGCAGUUUUUUUCUCAUGAAUUAACUAUUCUCGUCAAUUUACCACUUU